AUGGGAACUAAGCAGUCAGUAGCUCUAUCAGCUGAUGAAGCUCAAGAAGUUGCGAAUAGAACUGGUUUUUCAAAGGCGCAAGUCAAUAAGCUUUACCACAGAUUCAAUCUUUUGGACAAAGACGCGAAGGGCCAUCUUUCUCGCGACGAUUUACUGGCUAUUCCUGAGCUCGCUAUGAAUCCAUUAGCCGAUAAAAUCGUGAAUCUCUUCCUGCCCGCAGAAAACAACGACGCGACUUCUACUGAAUGCAGUUUUCUCAAAUACUGCGAAGUUCUUUCGCACUUCCGCCCAACCAAUUCGAAAACGCAAGAAAGCGACCUCAACUCAAAACAGUCCAAAACAAAGUUGAUCUUCGACAUCUUCGACAAGGACAAAUCCAAUCGGCUCACUCGAAACGAGCUGCUCGAAAUUCUCCGAAUGAUGGUCGGAAAGAACAUUUCGGAAGAUCAACUGUACGCAAUCGCUGAACGAGCAAUCGUAGAAGCAAAACAGAAUCUUGAUGGAAAAUCUGAUGCUGGUCUUUGUCUUGAGGAUUUUGCCGUGGCGAUGAAGUCGACCGAAAUCGAUGCGAAAAUGUCGGUGCGCUUCCACGACUAA